UAAAUAAUAUCAGCAGAAGUAAAUAUUAGUAAAAGUUAUUUUAAUAUCUAUUGUUAUUAAAUACUUAAUUAUUUUAUUAUUAUAUUAUUGUUUUAAAUCGAAUGUUUAACCUAAUUUCCGUUAAUAAAUGCAAAUUAUAAUUUAUUUAAAUACAACUUAAACAAUUUACAACAAAACGUAAAAAAAACUUUGACGUUUUAAGGUUAUGUUUACUUUAGUUUUGACAAAAUAAAAAAAAUAAUUAGCAAAUUUACGUCAGUUAAAAAGAAAUUUUUAGAAAAAUGGAGAAAUUGCAUAAUUUAGACACAAGUAUUUUUAAUGAAUCAAAAUGUAAUAUUUUAAAUCAGCUAUUACACGCAUGUGCUGAUGAAAUAUGUGGUUAUCCUGGACCAAGUUAUCAACAUUUUAACAAAAGUAUAGAAUGGAGUCAAGAAGAAUACAAUAAUGCUUAUCAAUUAAUUUCAUCGCUUUUAAAAAAUCCUGUUUGUUUAUAUUUGGAUGAAGAAAAGAUGCCAUUAGAAUAUCACGCGCUUCCUGAACAAGUACAACAACGAAUUCUCAAUUGUUUAAAAGUUCGUAGAGAAAAAUUAACUGAAGCUUUAUUAAAAAAAGUCUCAAAAAAUAAUUUACCCACAUUUCGGGAUUUUGAUUGGCGAUUAAAGUUAAUUAUGGGAUCUAGUAAAAUGGCGUCACUUCGUGAACCUCUUUUACAAUUAGAUUUAAUUGUUGAAGAAAAAGAUAAGGAUAGACUAUUGGGCAUAGAAUUAAAUAAAGACGAAUUAAAUAUGGUAAUAAAUGCUCUUGAAUCUGCGGUAAAAAAACAAUGAAAUUUUCAAAAAAUUUGAAAUGUUUCAAAAAUUUAUAAUACUUAAUUUCAUAAUUAUAAAAUUUUAUUUUAAUUAUCUAUUUAAAUAUAUUGGAAUAAAUAAAAAAACGAAAUUUUUGUAUAAUACAUAA